CUACAAGAACAGAGUUUACACGAAAUAAAAAUUAUCAACCGGACGUUUUAUAAACCAUAAAACGCGUGUCAACAAAACAUGGACUUUAAUGUUUAUGAUGCUGGAUUUGAUGAAAAUGAUUUUUUUGAAUCAGCAUACGCUGAUGAGCUGGAGUUGGUAGAUGGCUUUCAACAACCAACAGAUAAUGAGAAAAUUAUUCCUACGGAAGAAUCAACAGCUACUGAUACACUCCCAGAUAUUCAAGUAAAUAAAAAACUUUCGUCAAAGAGGAAACAAUUAUUCUCUCCUGGUGAGAAUGAGAAAGAUAUGGAGAGUGAAGAACUUGAUUUUGAAAAUGAUCUUGUUAUUGACGAAAAAGAAAACUUUCCUAUUUAUCAGGAGCGAAAACGACCUCGAAUUGAACCCAAUGAACACAGACAUAAAAAUCUUAAAAAACCAAGUAUGCCAACUACAUUGGAUGAAGAUAGGGAUAAAGAAAAAGAAAGACAGGAGGAAAUUCGAAGGAAGAAAUGUCUUGCCACCCCAGAGAUGAUCGAGAAGAUACAAAGAUAUAAACAAAGCAAAUACGAAGCUAAACAAUUUCUUGAUGAAGAAGCGGAUACUGAAUCAGGUAGCCACCGAAACAUCCAACUAACGAAUAUCCUCAUUCAUCCACCCAUACAUAGUGACUUCAUAUCCGCUACUUCUUCAGAUGGAAAUCGAGUUUACAUGAGAUUAAGACCACAAACACAGGUAACCAGCACAAGAGACUUAAUGACAACCACACGAUCGACACAACUUCUUCCAUACACCAUGGCUGAGUUACGACAGAAAAUCUACGAGAAGUUCCAGCACGAUGCACGCGCACAAUCUCACCAUAUUACUCAAGAAGUUCGAUCACAAUCGCUACAGUUUUCAAAUUCGCUGACUAAUCAAAUAUUAGCUGACUCAUCAACCUCGACAGUUGAAGACGAGGGUAUAUACAGCGGGGAGGAAUCUUUGGAUGGUUUGUGGGUGAAUAAAUUUGCCCCGACGCGAUACACACAUCUGUUGAGUGACGAGGGAGUUAAUCGUUCAUUGCUACGUUGGUUGAAACUUUGGGAUAAAGUUGUUUUUGGUCGAGAGUUUCAUCCCAAGAAACCUGCAGAGGAAAAACACCCGAAGAAUGAAAAAUAUGAAAAAUUUAAUAAAUUUAAAAAGAAAGAAACAAAUGAAUUAGAUGAGGAGUUGGACACUUCCCACCGUCCCAAGUUAAAAACAGCUUUAUUAUGCGGCCCUCCUGGCUUGGGAAAAACCACACUUGCUCAUAUUAUUGCUAAACAUGCUGGUUAUCAUGUGGUGGAGAUGAAUGCAAGUGACGAUCGAAGUGCUGAAACUUUCAAACAAAAACUUGAACAAACGACUCAAAUGAAAUCCGUCCUUGGUUCCGACCAACGACCUAAUUGUUUGAUCAUCGAUGAAAUAGAUGGAGCACCACAGGCAGCAAUCAAUGUUCUGCUGAAUGCUUUCAACAAAGGAAAAUUAACUGAAAAAAAGAAAACGAACAAAAAGAAAUCAAGUGGUUUUCUUCUACGCCCAAUCAUAUGCAUCUGUAAUGACUUGUAUGUACCAGCAUUACGACAACUGAGACAACAAAGUUAUAUUUUACAAUUUCCACCAACUACAUCUGCUAUGUUAGCAUCAAGACUAAGUCAGAUGUGCAGAGUACAACAGAUGGAUUGUGACCUCACAAGUCUACUUGCUCUGUGCGAUAAAUCAGGAAACGACAUUCGAACUUGUAUUAAUACGCUUCAGUUCGUUCAAUCAACUGGAAAGAACAAGCUUAAACUAGAAACGAUAAAAAGUCUUGACAUUGGGCAAAAAGAUCAACAUAAAUCAAUAUUUUAUGUUUGGAACGAAAUAUUUCAACUGCCUAAAAACCAAAGAAAAAUUGAUCAAGACAGUCAGACCGUGCAACAACGAAUGUUGGAAGGACAAAAAGUUUCUCAAUAUUCUUCACGUUUUUACCAUAUUUUAAACAUUGUAUCUUCAUGUGGAGAAUAUGAGAAAACUUUGCAGGGAGUAUUCGACAACUUCCUCCUCAUGAAGUUCAAGGAUUCCGGGAUCCUUGCGAUCAACAAAGCUUACGAGUGGCUUCUCCUCCAGGAUCAGAUCAACCUCCACAUCUCCUCCAUCCAGGAGUGGGUCCUCAUGAGAUAUACUCCGUACCUCUUCGUCUUCUUCCAUCUACUCUUCGCUUGCAUCGCUCCUCCAAGAAUACAAUUCCCGCAAACAGAGCAAGAGAAUCGUAAAAAGUUACAAAAAAGUGAGAACUUACUGGAUAGCAUGUUCAUUGAUAUGGCGCCACCCACCAGAUGUUUUACAACCCAUGUGACCUCCGUGCUUGAUCUCUUACCCCACCUGCUGGCUAUCAUGAUGCCAAGUUUUCGCCCAAUAAACAUGCAGUUGUACAGCGCUAACGAAAAGUUACAACUCCAAGACUUGGUUCGUUCAUUACUCGCAUACAACCUUACUUUUAUACAAGAACGUAACGAGGAUGGUCAAUAUAACUAUGUUCUUGAACCGAACGUAGCGGAAGUUUGUCAUUAUCUGGAACCGCAGGAGGGCGCUAAGAAGCAGCUCCCUUACGCCAUCAAGCAGAUAAUAUCAAAGGAGGUGGAAACGGAACGAAUGCGACGUACUGAACGCAUGAUGACGAAAGCCAACACGGUUGAGACAACAAAGAAAGCGAAGGUUGAUGACAAAACAACCAAGAAACCGGGAAUUGUACCGAACCAUAUGCAACGUCUUUCUCACAACAUAAGUACUACCGUCACCCCUGAUAAGCCGGUCGUCGAUUUCUUCAGCCGAUUUACAAAAGUUAAAAAAGUGAAACAAAACGAGAAAGAAAGUAGCAAGAAAGUAAUAAUCACCGAUCCUGGCAUCGGGUGCAGCCAACUUUGGUAUAAAUAUAAUGAGGGACUGUCGAACGCAGUCAGGCGGAAUAUUUACAUCAAAGACCUAUUGUGACGUAAUGGACCCGUGAUAUUGCGUAAUUUUCCUAUAUUUUAAAACUUUAAAUGGUGACGUAACGAUAUUAAAAGAUUUAAUGUCACAUGAUUUUGUUCUCUUUUUUGUACAUUCCGGGAAAAAAAUCGGUUCAAAAAUUCCAAAAAUCUUGAAUAUAUAUUUCCCCAGCAAAUAGUCUUGUAUCAGAUUCUAUCAAAUUAUUUCUCAAAUACAGUACAUUCCACACUUGCA